AUGCCCAUCGUGGCUAGGCAAGCAUCUCGCAAAUCCUUGCUGGGUGCUGAUCCAGGCUUUUCUCAACAAACCCCUCAGUACAGUCCGCAUCACAGCCAGUCCUCAUCCUACGGUGGACGGAACAGCGAGUACACGCAAGACUAUGGCCAAGCUUAUCCCCAACCAGUCUAUUCCGCCGCCGAGUAUGCUCGGCCUGGCUAUGGCCAACCCACCUACGCCGAAAAUGAAAACUUGAAUCAUUUCGACCAAGGAUACGCCGGCCGGCAGGGCCUAGCACCUUCUGCCCCGUCCAACAGCAUCCGACACGACUCCUGGGCAUUUCUCAUGACGAAAUGGUCGGCUGCUUUCAUGGCCGUCACGACGCUUCAGGCCAUAAUCUGCCUGGCCUUUGAGUCGUACGUGUUUGGCAAGUUUCAGACAAGCCUGGGCAACUAUGUGGAUAUACCCAAGGUUCAGUCUCAGUACAAAACCAUCCCUACGUUCCUGACUCUCUUCAUCUUUGGCUUCCUCUACGAGCUCGUCGUUGUCUGGGAUGCCCUACGACUGAAGAACACCAUCCAGGUGAUUGGCGUCUGCAUCGCAAACUUGGCUCUUCUCGUUUACACCGCUAUCCAAGUCGACCAGAUUCGGGUGGCCAUCGGCGUACUGGAUGACCACCAUGCGCUGCAAGCAGAAAUCUCGUCCCAGAUAUUGUGGUCCAAUGUCAAGGCGUUUCUAAUUGCCACUCCCGCCAUCAUUGCUCUCGCGACAAUCAUCAUGAUGUUCAUCUCGUGGAAACUAUACCAAGAAUUCGCCUGGGAUAUCCUAAAAACCAUCGGCGCUGAUUACCGCAUGAAGAAGCGAUUUCUUCAUUACCAGGUCUUCAUCGCCCUUUUGAAGUUUGAUUUCUUCUUCUUCGUAGGCUUCAUCAUCCAGUUUGUGGUCGUCGUCGCGCAGAAAUCGGACCCUGAAUUCGCCCUGACAAUCGCCACGAUUCCAAUCACCAUCAUCAUUCUACUUGCUGCUGCCUUUUUUACUCGGAGGGAAAACAAGCCGGGCAUGAUGUGCGUCAUUGUUGUGUACCUCGGCGGCUUGAGCUACUUCAUCUUCAAGCUCGUGCGCAUCUAUCAACCCAGUCAUGCGUCUUCAUAUUUUGCGGUUCGCCGGUCCCUGACUGCCUUUGCCGUCAUCACGAUCCUAUUGAUCAUUCUCACUAUUGCAAACGCCAUUAUAUGCAUGAACAACUUCAACAGUGGCCUCAAGACGCAUCUGCUACCAUCCCGAAAGGCCGAAGAAAAACCCGACGCGACGUCCAUCAACCUUCACGAUGUCAAACCUCAGAUGCCGAGCCGCAUGACUAUUGACUAG